AGCAUGGUGACCGACGUUCCGCUAUCGUUCGCCGGACCGCGACGCCGAAUACUGCGCACGGUGCUCGUCUGCUCUUCCUUUCUCAUCUUCUGCUCCUUCGCCUUCUCGUCGACGGCAGCGUCUUCACAGAUACAGAUUGACGAGUCCGUGCCAGUGGAGGAGGCGACGGUGGUGCUGGCCGAGGUGGCGCGCCUGCCCUGCUCGCUGGAGCCGCCCGACGCCGACGAUCAAGUGGCACUCGUCAUCUGGUUCAAGGACGACAACGCCUCCCCCAUCUACAGGUACAGAGUUCUGGCGUGCACAAUACUAGUGGCAAAAUGA